AGUAAAGGGCGCGCUUUGGUUUUGUUUGGUCCAGGUAUCGGGUAGAGUCACAACUGUUAGCAUACAGCGCAACAUUACCUGCACUUUACCUGACACGCUCACAUCCACCUGCUGCAUGCUGGGAACCGGCGGCAAGUCGGUAGACAAAGACGGACGGACUGUCACUGAGAAAUGAAAUGAGGCUUUACUCCUUCAGAUUUGGAUGUCUGCUGGUUUUUGCGUGUAUUGCGUCAAUUACUUGGAUUAAAUCGAUUCCCAGUGAUGGAGGUCCAUCAGCACUGCCAGACCUGCAGACCCUGUACGAACGCCUGGUGGUGGCUGAGGAGUUGGGAGGGCAGGUCAGCUCAGAUCUCAGCAGCAUCCUGGAACAGUUGAGGAACAUAUCAAAAGCCGCCAACAUCACCCACCCCGACUAUAACAGGACCACCACCAUUUCCGCAGAAACAAUAGGGCGGCAAGCAGACUAUUUAGGCCAACAGUCAUUACUCCAGCCCAACAUUUACCUCUACAUGCCCCACCUCAGACAACAUCCAGACAGCCUCCAACCCAACAUAGUCCUGGGACAGGGACGCCAUGGAGUGUCCAUGGUGCUGGGCAUUCCCACAGUGAAGCGUGAGAAGCAGAGCUACCUGGUCAGCACUCUCAGCUCUCUGCUCUACAGCCUGACAUAUUUGCAGCAACAAGAUCUCCUCAUAAUUGUCUUUGUUGCCGAGACGGACUCAGACUAUGUGGGCAGCAUAUCAGAGACCAUAAGGAAGAAGUGAGUGAUUCUAGAUUGCCUCAUAGAUGUGUGUGUGUGUGUGUGUGUGUGUGUGUGUGUGUGUGUGUGUGUGUGUGUGUGUGUGUGUGUGUGUGU